AUGGCGAACGCGAUCAAAUUCUUCGAGCUCAACACCGGAGCUAAGAUCCCGUCGGUUGGUCUCGGAACAUGGCAAGCCUCUCCUGGUCUUGUCGGCGAUGCCGUCGCUACCGCCGUUAAGAUUGGUUAUCGUCAUAUUGAUUGUGCUCAGAUCUAUGGCAACGAAAAAGAGAUUGGGGCAGUUCUGAAAAAAUUGUUUGAAGACAGUGUAGUGAAACGCGAGGAGUUGUUCAUCACCUCCAAACUUUGGUGUACUGAUCAUGACCCUCAAGAUGUGCCUGAGGCAUUGAACAGAACUCUACAGGAUCUGCAGCUUGAUUACAUCGAUCUGUAUUUGAUGCACUGGCCUGUACGGAUGAAGAAAGGUUCUGUUGGAAUUAAGCCCGAGAACCUUUUGCCUGUUGAUAUUCCUAGCACAUGGAAAGCGAUGGAAGCACUCCAUGAUUCGGGCAAGGCACGAGCCAUAGGUGUAAGUAAUUUCUCCACCAAGAAACUAGCUGAUCUCUUGGAGUUAGCUCGUGUUCCUCCCGCAGCUAUUCAGGUCGAAUGUCAUCCAUCUUGGCGACAGACGAAGCUACGAGAGUUUUGUAAAUCCAAAGGGAUUCACCUCACUGCGUACUCGCCAUUGGGUUCUCCAGGAACAACGUGGCUCAAGAGCGAUGUUUUGAAGAAUCCGAUACUGAAUAUGGCUGCGGAAAAACUUGGAAAGUCUCCUGCUCAAGUUGCGCUUCGCUGGGGACUCCAAAUGGGUAACAGUGUACUUCCCAAAAGUACCAAUGAAGGAAGAAUUAAAGAGAACUUUGAUGUUUUCGACUGGUCAAUACCCGAGGAUUUGUUUACAAAGUUUUCUGAGAUUGAACAGGGUAGGUUGGUGAGAGGCAUGUCAUUUGUUCAUGAGACGAGUCCUUAUAAGACUCUUGAAGAACUUUGGGAUGGUGAGAUAUGA